GUUCGAGGUUUCGGUGUCGCUAAUACAUGCGCUGUUAACAGACCGCAAAACAGCACUUCAACACACCCCCAUCCCUUCUCGCUGCACAGAAAUAGCAACAACAUUUGAAAUUUACAUGUUAUUAUAAAUCUACGAUAAAAGUGUUAGUUACUGGAUCCUCAGGUCACCUGGGCGAGGCCAUGGUUCGACACCUGCGCAGUCUGAUGCGUAUGACGUGCAGGCGCCAACAACAUGGGAGCUCCUUUGUGUUCACAUCCUCCACAACCGUGUUUGGUGAUGCUCUAGUUGAUAAAACCGGGCCUGCUACGUGGAUCACCGAAGAUGUUGUAUCCACGCCCAAGAACAUAUACGGGGUCACCAAGAAAGCGCCGGAGGAGAUGUGUCAGCUAUUCCAUCGUAACAAGGGACUGAAUGUGGUGGUACUGCGCACAUCACGAUUCUUUCUGGAAGACGACGACGAAGCACACGCAGUGGCGUAUGAGGAUAUGAAUGCGAAAACAACUGAGUUUUUGUACCGAAGAGCUGAUAUACAGGAUAUAGUGGACGCGCACGUGCUGGCUCUGGAGAAGGCCCCUUUGCUGGGAUUUGCUAGGUAGGUAUCUUGUCCUCAUAUUCAAUGUGUAGAACAUGUGCCUCUGGCGUGUUUGCGUACUUCAAACAGGUGGUAUGUAUACGUACACGCAGUUUCAGA